GACAGCGAUCACAAUGCGGUUGGUGAUGAAUGUGACAGUGAAAUUGAUAGAGAUGACGAUGGCGUCAUAGAUGACAUUGACAACUGCGAGAGAAUCUACAACCCAGACCAAGCCAACAACGAUGACGACAUAUACGGUGACGCUUGUGAUAAUGACGACGAUAACGAUGGGAUCAUAGAUACGGAGGAUAACUGCCCCCUUGUGCCUAACAAAGACCAGAUGGACUCCGAUGGAGAUGGGGUUGGCGACGUUUGCAAGCUGGACAGUGAUGGGGACGGUAUAUUCGACUCGGAGGACAUGUGCCCAUACAACAACAGAAUCAGCGCCACGGAUUUCAGCAAACUGCAGACCAUAAAUCUCGAUCCUGUCGGCACGAAUCAACUCGAUCCGGAGUGGGUCGUUAAAAACAAUGGCUCUGAAAUUUUGCAGUCACUCAACAGCGAUCCAGGCGUGGCUCUCGGUGUUCACUAUUUUGGCGGACUAGAUUUCAGCGGUACGUUCUUCAUAAACACCGAAGAUGAUGACGACUAUGCUGGCUUCGUAUUUGGAUAUCGGAACGAUCGUCGAUUUUACGUGGUAAUGUGGAAAAAGGAGCACCAAACCUACUGGAAGCAGGAACCCUUCCGGGCAGUCGGAGACGCGGGGGUUCAAAUAAAGGUGGUGCACUCGAUUGAGGGCCCUGGCGAGAUGAUGCGGAACUCCCUGUGGCACAGGGAGGGCAAGGAAGAUGAGUCGAGAAACCUUUUCAACGAUGAGAACAAAAUAGGCUGGCAGGCUAAAACCUCAUACAGAUGGGAGCUCAUGCACAGACCUAGCAUUGGCCUCAUCAGGUUUCGUCACCUAUUUACAUUUUUAUUAUUUUAUUAUUUUUUAUUAUUAUUAUUUUAUUGGUUUUUUGUCCUUAUUUAA